AUGACGGGCUUUUUUACCAUUCUCUCCUUUUCUCUGGCGGCAUUGUCUGUGACUAAUGCCGCACAGAUCUUAAGUGUCCCCAAAGGGGCUGAAGUUGUGCCCAAUGGCUACAUCGUGGUCAUGAAAGACGACACCUCUCAACAGGACUUUUCUUCUCACCGCGUCUGGAUAUCUAGCAUCCACCAUAAUAUGACCCGACGCGGCCUUGAUGGCGCAGGUGUCAAGCAGACAUACGACUUCGACCACCUACGUGGAUACAGUGGUAUCUUCGAUGAGGACACUAUAAAGGAUAUCUCAAACGAUCCAAAGGUUGCCUUUGUCGAGCCAGACGCUAUCAUCUCCCAGCAUGUUGUUGUUCAGCAGCGAAAGGCUCCCUGGGGCCUUUCGCGUCUCUCUAACCGCAGAGGAGGUCGCAACUAUGUAUUCGAUAGCUCUGCUGGUUCUGGCGUCUGGGCCUAUGUUGUUGACUCGGGUGUAGACAUCCGCCACUCUGAAUUCCAAGGCCGUGCUGUUUGGGGCUCGAAUCUGGUCGAUAACAAGAACUCUGAUGGAACCGGACACGGCACCCAUGUCGCUGGAACAAUUGCUGGCAAAACCUAUGGAAUUGCAAAGAAGGCCAAGGUAGUUGCCGUCAAGGUGCUCAACUCCGAGGGCAAAGGCCCAACCAGUGGUAUCAUUGCUGGUAUCAACUGGAGCAUCAGACACGCCCGCAAACAUGGCAUGCUACAGAAGUCCGUUCUCAAUAUGUCACUCGGAGGUACAUACAGUGCAGGCCUAAACCACGCUACUGCCCAGGCUAUCAAGGCUGGCAUGUUUGUUUCUGUUUCUGCUGGCAACGAUAACAUCAACUCGAAUGGUAAUUCUCCAGCUUCUGAAAGAUCCGUAUGUACCAUUGCUGCCAGCACUGAGAAUGACGGAAAGGCUUCAUUCUCUAACUGGGGCCCUGCCGUUGACCUUUAUGCUCCCGGUCACAAUAUUCUUUCUGCUAGGCCUGGAGGCGGAAGCCAGACUAUGUCUGGGACCUCCAUGGCAGCCCCUCAUGCCGCCGGUGUUGCAGCCUACUUGAUUGCAAAGGAGGGUAUUCCCGGUAACCGUGCUUGUCUUCGUCUCAAACAGCUCAGUCAGCCCACUAUCCGCAAUCCUGGACCGGACACGACCAGCCGUCUGCUUUAUAAUGGCAGUGGCCGUUAA